CUCUCUCUCUCUCUCUCUCGUGCGUAUGCGUGGGCGUGGGCGUUUGUGGAGCGAGCGGAGCGUGGCUGUGAGAUUGAUUGUGGAAUCUUUGUUUUCAAACUUAUUUUUUUUUCUCCCACUUUUUUCUUUUUUCCCCUCGCUGUUUAGUUAACAAAUAGUAAAAACAAAAGGUUUUUGUUCUGGUGGUGCGGUCUUUCAGACGCCGGAAUGAAGUGGGGUUUGAUAAUAUCAUUUCUGCUUCGCGGAUGAACAAGGCUGUCGUUGUGUUUUUAAAAUCAGACUCUCAUGUUAACCAGUUGACUGUGAGCGGAAUAUGGGUAAGGGAAGCGUUUGUUACGAUAACCCCGCUAUCCGCUCCAGCAACCAAGAUCAUCAUUUCAAAUGUUCCGCCGUUUAUAACUAACGAGACUAUCACGAAAGAACUGCAGAGGUUUGGAAAGAUCACCAGCCCUGUAAGAAUGAUUCCGCUUGGAUGUAAAAAUAAUGCGCUUAAACACGUCCUCUCGUUUAGACGCCAAGUCUUUAUGUUUUUGAAUUCGCCGGAUCGUACGUUAGAGGUCUCUUUCCGUGUUAAUCACGGGGAGAAUUCAUACAUGGUUUACGCUAGCACUGAGAACCUAAAGUGCUAUGAAUGCGGAGUCUUGGGUCACAAACGUUUUGCAUGUCCGCAUAAAGAUGACCAACGUGCAUCUACUUCUCGUGAGGAUGUAAAUGAUACAGAUCAGCGAAAGAGUGAAAGUGAAGAACAGGGAACUGAAGAGCAGGAUGAAGGGCCUACAGAGGAGGGGAAGAUACAGGAGGUGAGUGAAAUGAAUGUAUGUGCUGUGAGUGUGGAGCAAGCUGGAUGUAGUUCUGUCCCUGAUAAACAUGGAGAUGUGACAGAUGGGAUUGAAAAGAGAGAGGCACAGAGUGGUGUGGAAAAUGUGUGUGAAGUUAAGGAUGUGGCACAGGCUGACAACUUAGAGGAAAAUAUGGUUGAGGAGGUGGAUAGUUUAUCCCAGUAUACAGAUGAUGGAGUAGAUGAGGAACAGUGGACUGAGGGCUCGAGAGGAACGGAUCAAGAUUUGUACACUGUUGAAGAAAUUAAUGCAUUUCUGGAUAAAACUAAAGGUAAAGCUGGUGUUGAAGUAAGUCAUUAUUUUCCUGAUAUUGAGAAAUUUACUGCUUCGGUGAUGUGGGCUAGGAAGGUGAAUAGCAUUGAUGAGCUCUCACAACAGAAGCGGUAUCGUCUAAAAAAACAUCUUACUGGCCUUAGACAAGGCAAAAAGACAGGGAAAGCGAGGGGAAAAACGAAAUCUUAAUGGCUUUUAACAUUUCUAUGUCUUUCUGUUCUUUCCUCUUCUUUUUCCCUUUGCUUAUGGAGAUCUUGCGGGUGGGAUCAAUUAAUGUAAAUGGAAUGAGGGAUGGAAAGAAAAUUAGUUUACUAUCAGAAAUAAUUCGAUUGAAAGAUUUGAGUGUGGUUUUUUUGCAAGAAACCCAUAGUAAUCAAAAUAAUGAGGCUGAUUGGGGUUUGUGGUGGGAAGGUGAAAGAAUUCUUAGUCAUGGGACUAAUGUAAGUGCAGGAGUAGCUGUGCUUUUUUCCCCUGUUCUCAAAACAAAAAUAUUAUCAGAACAUGAAGUGGUACCAGGGAGAUUAUUGGCUGUAAGAGCUGAGAUUAGAAAUUUGAAAUUUUUGUUUGUAAACAUCUACGCUCCUAAUAUAGGAGAAGACAGAGUACAGUU